UUUUGGAACAGAUUCCUCUUGGAACGUUCCACAAAUUAUACAAACCAGGGUCAAAUUGACAUGUUUGGACUGCAGCCCUUGUCUCCAUUGACAGUGCAUGUUAAUGCAUGCGGUAUUUUAUGAAGCUAGGAAGAUGUUCGGUAACUUGGUGAAAGGUAUCAGUAGUUUAUUUCCUGAAUCACUCCCCACACUGCGCGUUCGCGCCCUACCUCCUGGCUGCUUUCCGAAGAUACGUUAAGGACUUUCUUCCUUAUUUUCACUUUUUCCCUGUAGAUGAUGCAACGAUGAUUUUCCUAUUGACUAUAUUGGCAAGUGUUUUCCAAACAGGUUCCGGUGACGCUAGCAAUCUGAUUGGUUGGUCGCACUCGCACAAGAGCACCACGGCGCAAGCGAGUCUAUGAUAUGGGACGAAGAAAACGGUCAUUGCCUGUUCAGCAGGAAAAAAAUGAGGAUUUGGAGGCAAAACAUGCACGAAUUGAGGAAUCUGAUGGUUGGACGGGUGUCAAUGAGCACAGCUUCAUAGCUGUGAAACCGGAUGGUGUGCACCGGAGGCUAGUGGGAGAGAUCAUCCGGCGCUUUGAGAAAAAGGGCUUCAGAUUGGUGGGAAUGAAACUAGUCCAGGCGUCCGAGGAUCUCCUGAGAGAGCACUACAGGGACCUGAGAGACAAACCCUUCUUCAAUGGAUUGGUGCGCAACAUGAGCUCUGGACCCAUCGUUGCCAUGGUGUGGCAAGGUCUGGAUGUGGUGAAGAUGUCUCGCAAGAUGCUGGGGGAGACCAACCCGGCAGACUCCCUACCAGGAACCAUCAGAGGAGACUACUGUUUGGAAGUGGGCAGGAAUGUGAUCCAUGGCAGUGACUCUGUGGAGAGCGCUCAGAGAGAGAUCUCUCUGUGGUUCAGGCAGAAUGAGCUACAGUGCUGGGAGGACAGCAGCGGACACUGGAUCUAUGAGUGACACACACACACCACUUGUAGACCACCCAAGUGCCUUCAGAAUCUAUUCAUACCCCUUUACUUUUUCCACAUUUUGUUUUUCCAAGCGGAAUUAAAAUUGAUUUAGUUGUCA